UGUACGUGGACGAGACAUGGUGGUAUACGUGUUUACGCACGUACGUGUUGUACCAAUGAUACAUCACUAUGCCGUGAUGCAGUGGAGCAAGAUCAUGGUAUUUUGGCGCUUUUCAAUGGAUUAUGUUCAACAAUUUGCAUUUUACUAAUAUCGGUUGUCGUGCGUGAACGUCGUAGACAUAAUGAGGCACGUGGUUGGGCAUUAAUGGAAAUUUUCCUUCUUGGCGCUGCUAUGUUAUAUGCUAUUUUAUUGCUGGAUUGGUUUAAUUUGGCUACAUCAACGUGUUGCUUUGCGGUAUGGUUACGUCAAAUUGGUUUUUCGACGUUUUAUGGUUCAAUUGUUUUGAAAAUUUAUAGGAAUUUACAAGAAUAUCGUGUACGCAAGGCUCAUCAUGUUAUUGUGAAAGAAGAAGAUUUGAUAAAAUAUUUGGCAUGCUUACUAGCAUUAACACUAACUGGGCUUAUUGCGUGGACACUUGGCUCGUUUGCUGAUGAGGAGCUUUGGAAAAGCAGUUGGCCACAAUGUCCCAUACAAGC